AUGAUAAAUGAAGGUUGUUUGAAAGAAUCCGAGUUUUUGGUAAAAGCAGCCGAAUUCUUCAAGAUUGCAAACGAAAAGAAGGUUACAGUUCACGUUACAGUAAAAAGAUUAAUAAAACUAGAUCCUGUUGAAGGAAAUCCAGAACUAGAUUCUACUAAGCUUCCCCUUUAUGAUGUUUCAAAAGUCUCAUCCAUAAAUAAACAAGUUGAAAAUAACUCAACAACAAAAUAUCCGUUAUUGAUAAGAAUAUGGUAUGGAUCCCAUACAAAGAAAACCAAAUGUUCUUCCAUUGUUGAUGCUUCUAAUUUAGAUAAAUUUUGGCAAGAUUACUCAAAUAUUGCCAAGAGUGGAAUGAAUGGUUUAAUUAAGAAGAAGAAGAAAAAAUCCAAGAAUUCUGCUUCCAAAGACAAGAAAAAGAAAUCUAAAAGAGUCACUAAAUGA